GAGACCCGGCCCCAAACAUUGGUUUCUGAGCCAUCACGCAGGUCACAUGUUCCAGGUGCUCUCUGCAACCAUGUGGGCUAGAAUCUCUCAAGACCACUUGACUCCAGGAGCUGGGGCUUGCAGAAAAACACCAAGUAUUGUGAAACUCGCCCUGGUUUGGGUGUGCCCUAGCCUGGGUGCAUUUAAUAAAUGAAUAAAGGCUCAUGAAUAUUAUUCUGGAUAGACAAGGCUGGUGUUUUGCCAUAGGUGUUUCUCAGUAGAGCAGUCAGGCCCUUUCUAAGAGAAUCUGUUAGAGUUUAAAAAAAAUAAUGCUUAGCAUUUCCUUAAUGGAAGUCCAGCAGGGAAAACCCCUGCAGUUCCAGUGUCAUGGGCCAGAUCUCCUGCCAAGCAUAUAAAACAGGUGAAACAAGUUAAAAGAGAGACACACCGAAUCACAAACAGAUCCUGAGGGAUACAGAGACAGAAAAGGCGAAUCUAUCUGGACACACAGGCAGCCAGAGAAGAGUGACAACAGCACAGAGCCUUGUAGAACACCAAUGGGAAACUGGGUCGUGAACCACUGGUUUCCAGCUGUGGUGAUCGCAGCCUGGUUGGGCCUGAAUGUUUUCCUGUUUGUAUAUUAUUUCCUGCUGUUUGACAGGGAUAAGAAGUUCUACUACACCAGAGUGCUACUUGGGUCUGCGCUGGCAUGGGCCCGGGCCUCUGCAAAAUGCCUGAACUUUAACAGCAUGCUGAUCCUGUUACCAGUGUGUCGCAACCUGCUCUCCUUCCUGAGGGGCACUUGCUCGUGCUGCAGGCGCACAAUGAGGAAGCAGCUGGAUCACAACCUCACCUUCCACAAGCUUGUGGCCUACACAAUUGCCCUGUUCACAGCUGUUCAUAUCAUCGCCCACCUGUGUAACUUUGAGUGGUACAAUGACAGCCAGCAAGCUGCGGAUGGGAGCCUCUCCUCCAUUCUCUCCGACCUGCACCAAGAUGAGGAGAGUAACAAGUGGCUAAACCCCAUCCACUCCAACAGCACGACUCCAGCGUACGUGACAUUCACUACCAUCCCGGGCCUGACAGGCGUGAUCAUCACUGUGGCGCUGAUCCUCAUGGUUACCUCCUCCAUGGAGUUCAUCCGCAGGAGCUAUUUCGAGGUCUUCUGGUACACGCACCAUCUCUUCAUCAUCUACUUCGCUGGCCUUGUCAUCCAUGGCAUCGCUGGUCUUGUUCGUGGGCAGACAGCAGAGAGCUUGAAUAAGCACAACCCCGAGCACUGUGCGCAGGACCCUACACACUGGGGAAGAAAAAACAAACACUCCCACUGUGAAGAGCCCGAGUUUGGGAGCAUCCCAGCUGAGUCCUGGCAGUGGGUGCUGGCCCCAAUCCUUCUCUAUGUCUUUGAGCGGGUAUUACGCUUUUGGCGUUCUCAGCAGAGGGUCGUUGUUACAAAGGCUGUCGUGCACCCAUCAAAAGUAUUGGAACUACAGAUGCACAAGAAGGGCUUCAGCAUGGAAGUGGGCCAGUAUAUUUUCAUCAAUUGUCCCUCUGUCUCAUGCCUGGAGUGGCAUCCUUUCACCCUGACCUCUGCACCAGAAGAAGACUUUUUCUCCGUCCACAUCCGGGCAGCAGGGGACUGGACAGAGAAUCUAAUUGAUACCUUUCAGCAGCAGAAACCAAAGACACCCAGGAUAGAGGUGGAUGGCCCCUUUGGCACAGCCAGUGAAGACGUAUUCCAGUAUGAGGUUGCCAUGCUGGUGGGAGCAGGGAUCGGGGUCACGCCCUUUGCCUCUGUACUGAAAUCAAUCUGGUACAAGUUCCAGCAUGCAGACCAGCGUCUCAAAACCAAAAAGAUCUACUUCUACUGGCUCUGCCGGGAUACAGGUGCGUUUGCCUGGUUCAAUGACCUGCUCGCCUCCCUAGAGCGAGAGAUGGAAGAAUCUGGCAAAGCAGGUUUCCUGAACUACAGACUCUUCCUCACAGGCUGGGACAACAGCAUUGCUGGCCAAGCAGCUUUCAACUUUGAUAAAGACACGGAUGUGGUGACAGGUCUCAAACAGAAAACCUCCUUUGGGAGACCCAUGUGGAGCAAUGAGUUCUCUGUAGUGGCAACUGCCCACCCCAGGUCUGUGGUGGGAGUGUUCCUCUGUGGGCCUCAAGCUUUGGCAAAAAGCCUGCAGAAGUGCUGCCUUCAGUACUCCAGCCUGGACCCUAGGAAGGUCAAAUUUUACUUCAACAAGGAGAACUUCUAAGCAGCAGGAACAUGGUGACUACACGGUGUGACACCACAACCUCCCAGAGAGUAAUUAUCUGAUCCUCUACAGCUCCUUUUAAAACUGAAUCAACCUGGCCCUGCUGAGGAUGCGCUGACUGACACUACUGGGAACUACAGACAUUCAAACCAUGUCUACUACCUAUUAAACACGAGGAAGUAGUGAGCUUCCAAAACAACACUGCAUUCCUCUGAAGGAAGUGUUCUUUUGAGUUUUCCACCUUGUAUCUCCUUUGAAGGGGAGGGGACUGGUCUCCGUCACUAGAGGUCAACAGUGAUCUCACAUGCAGAUGGGAGUUGAAAUGGACUUUCUGGUGCAAUUAGCAUGAACUUAAAGUUUGAUUGUGGCAUCUGCACAAGGGACUGACAAAGGCUGAGAUUGAUGAUUAAACUUGAUUUUGGACAUAGAUAGAGGAAUUCCAGGAUGAUGGGCUUGGGGGAAAUCUGCUGGGAAGAAGGACAGAGGUCGUUUGUAGCUGAUCCAUCACAAAGGGGAAAUAUUCUCCAAUAAAUGUUUCUGUAAAUGAAUAUUAAAAUAAACAAAACUUGCUUCUCUUGUAAA